CUAUCCAACCGGUUCAUAAAAACUUAGGGUUUACACACAUCCAACCUACUCUUUCGUAUUCACCCGAUGACAUGUUUGUUGGAACAUGGCGAUGAUCAACGAAACAACGAAGUGGACAUAUCCUUCAAAACAAUAAAAUUUAAUAUUAGAUAAUACCAGAUCUAAAAUAUAACAAAUAGACGACAACACAAAUCCCACCAAAAGAAGAUCGUGGAGAUUCAUAUCCAGGCUGAUCCAUGGUGUCUUCCAGCACCGGAGGAACAUCAGCAUACGAACUUGACAUCAAAAUCACAAAGGAGUGGAGAAGUAGCAAGCUACGGUGCCAACAUGAUCACGUUGGCGAUAACGUAAGAAGGCUCACAAAUUUCAGUGAUCUCCAACGUGGCUGUGGUGGAAUUAAUGACAACGACGAUGGUACGAAAGCAAGAGAAGAGAUUGUUAAGGACACAUUUAGGAUUGAAUACCAUAAGACACAUUUUGAAGAACUUCACAAAGCUAUAGUGGAAGAUGGGUGUGACGUGAGAGGAUACUACGCAUGGUCAUUGAUGGACAACUUUGAAUGGGAGCAUGGAUACACUGCUAGAUUUGGUCUUUACUAUGUUGACUUUGUCAAUGGUCUCAAACGUUAUCCAAAAGAUUCGGUCAAAUGGUUUAAGCGGUUCCUUAAGAGAUCGGUCGGAGAGACUAACGAAGAGGAGGUGAAUGAGAAGUCACGUGCCGAGGGGAAUAAGACUUUCUACGAACAAAAGUGUUUCGAAGAAUCCGCCGGUUUCUUUGUAUCUUUCAUGGCAACGAACCAGUCGAGGAGAGAGGAGGAGGAGAAUCGUUGCUCGUUUGAUUAUCCUCCAAUGGAAUUUGGAUAUUGGGUAUGCAAUGAAUCGAUUAGUGGUGCUUUUUUCAGGUUUGAUGAGACGAGUUUCACUGUGAAUGGUGUUAAAUAUGAAGGAAGCUUGCUCUGUGUUGGGAAUUUGCUAAUGUCAUGGAGCCCUCGUAACUUCUCCGAUAUCACAACGGAUAGGUACCAUCUUCUCUCUUCUCUUCAGCUUUCUUAUCCAGAACUGGUCGAUAAACUAAUGAUAGGAAGUAUCUGUUACUACUCUUUCUACUUGUUUUCUGAAAUAUAUGAACUUGAUCAGUCAUUGCAAAACACUUUACAUGUCUAUUUCAUGGAUGCAGCUUGUCAUCUUCCAGACUGUUCGACCAAUUCCAGUGUAUCAUCAAUGAAUUUUGACUCUUUCUUUUCUGUGGUUUUUCCACAACACUCUCUAGAGCUCUUGAUUGUCGGAUGUGGAAGAUACAACCACCCACUGAAUCCCCAAGUCCGUCAGUUCGUAAAGUCAAUUGGCAUGAAGCUAGAAACUGUUGAUUCUAGAAAUGCUGCAUCAACUUACACCAUACUGAAUGAGGAAGGCAGGAUUGUGGCUGCUGCAUUGCUUCCUUAUGGAGUUACAUCGUAAGAAACCCAACACCUCUGGAAUACUGUAGAACAAACUUCGAAAAACUCG